UCUCAUAUAUAUAAUCAAAAGCAGAAAAGUAAUCAAUUUGAUCAUAUUAGCAUCAUACAACAAUCAGAACCUGAGCACAAUGUUAUUGUUCCUGAGAUGUAUGUACUGGAUCUAUUAGAAUUAAAUCCUAAUUCCAUAAAUAAUGUUAGAAAAAUUCUGGA